CCCGCUCCUCGGUCCAGUCCUCAGUGGUGAUCAGAGAGCGACGAAGAGCAGCCAAAUCAAUAAACAGUGACAGCAACAAUCUGAGAGAUCCACGAUGGGGAAGAACAGACGCAUCAAGAGGCAGGAGGGAGACCAGGAGACCCUGAGUGGGGACUCCUCGUCGCCCCCCGGAGGACAGCGUCCGGCACAGGAGGAAGAGGCCACCCCCGAUCUGGACUCCUCCUCCCCCUCUCCGGACCCCCCCCCGCCCCAUCAGGUCUCCACCUCGUCUCGAAACAAAGAACGUCUGAGACAGGUGGUGAACAGAUGGUUGGAGACCAAUGAGGAGGAGGAUGACCCGGACCAAGGCCAGACCCCCCUGGACCAAGACCAGACCGCCCCGGACCAGGGCCAGACCGCCCCGGACCAGGGCCAGACCGCCCCGGACCAGGGCCAGACCGCCCCGGACCAGGGCCAGACCGCCCCGGACGAAGGCCAGACCACCCCGGACCAGGGCCAGACCGCCCCGGACCAGGGCCAGACCACCCCGGACGAAACCCAGACCGCCCCGGACCAGGGCCAGACCGCCCCGGACCAGGGCCAGACCGCCCCGGACCAGGGCCAGACCGCACCGGACGAAACCCAGACCGCCCCGGACGAAACCCAGACCGCCCCGGACCAAGACCAGACCGCCGAUGAACCUGAACCCCAACGCCAGGGAGAAGGCUCAGGCCCUUUCGUGGCCUGGCUGCAUCAGACCGCAGACGGGCCCCCCAGGAAGGACCUGGCCCAGGUCGUGGGGAACCUUAAGGUCCGGGUGAAGGGGGUCAGGAAGCUGAGGGUGGAAACAGAAACCAUGGACCCAGGCCAGACCGCCCAGGACCCAAACCAGCUCCCCAAUGUGCCUGACAGCCCCCCCACAAAGCCCCUGGCCCAGGUCAUGGGGAACCUGAGGUUCGGGCUGAAGGGCUUCCAAAAGCUGAGGGUUAAACCAGCAUCCACCUCCCGGCUUGAUGAGGAGAAGCCUUUGGGCCAACCUUCAGGCCGGAGCCCCUUGCCUGGCCAGACCGCCCCGGACCGAGGCCAGACCGCCCCGGACCGAGGCCAGACCGCCCCGGACCCAAGCCAGAUCCCAGAGGAACCUGAACCCCAACGCCAGGGAGAAGGCUCAGGCCCUUUCGUGGCCUGGCUGCAUCAGACCGCAGACGGGCCCCCCAGGAAGGACCUGGCCCAGGUCGUGGGGAACCUGAAGGUCCGGGUGAAGGGGGUCAGGAAGCUGAGGGCGAAAACAGCAACCGUGGACCCAGGCCAGACCCCCCAGGACCCAAACCAGCUCCCCAAUGUGCCUGACAGCCCCCCCACAAAGGCCCUGGCCCAGGUCAUGGGGAACCUUCGGUUCCGGGUGAAGGGCCUCAAAAAGAAGAGGGUUCAAGCACCAACCACCUCCCGGCUCGAUGAGGAGAAGCCUUUGGGCCACCCAUCAGGCCGGAGCCCCUUCCCUGGCCAGACCACCCCGGACCAAGGCCAGACCGCCCCGGACCCAAGCCAGAUCCCUGAGGAACCUGCAGACAGGGCCCCGACAAAGGACCUGUCCCAGGUCUUGGGGAACGUGAGGGUCCGGGUGAGGGCACCAAGAAAGAAGAGGGUCAAAACUGAUACCACCGCCCUGACGGAGCAGGAGGGGGAGAAGCCUUUGGGCCGCCCUUCACGCCAGAACCCCUUUAGGCGCAUCAAGAUGGCCUGGGCCGACCCAAAGGCCGUCAUCACCACCGUCGCCCCCCCGAACACCCCUGAGCAUCAGGAUCUGGUCAUCGAGGCCGAGGAGGAGGGGGAAGCCACAGCUCAGGCUGAGAGGACGGGCCUCAGGCCCCGCGUCAACAAGUGGCUGAACCGUAGAAUGAAGGAAAUGUCCACAUUCGCGGCCCGGUUCCAGUGUGGGUCGUGUGUGCACUAAGAAAAAAAAAAAGAAAGAAAAAAAAAUAGCAUAAAAACAAAAAAAAAGAUAAAAUGUUUAACGGCGCCACUGUACAGACAAAGUAUGCACGUCAAACAUCUGAUGGCGCCCGACCAAGUCCACAUCGAUGUGAAGUCACACAGGAGGGAAACCCCAGCUUUGUCUGAGCCCGGGUGAAUUUAAACAAAGUAAUGAAACAUCUGAUGGGACUCAACCAAGUCCUCAUCGAUGUUGCUUCACACUGAGGUGUGUCAUACUUUGUUUAAAUUCACCUACGCUAGGACAAAGCUGGGGUUUCACUCCAGUGGGUUGUCACAUCGAUGUGGACCUGGGCUGGUCUUAUCCGAUGUUUGACGUCCAUACUUUGUCUGGGCCCAGGUGAAUUGAAACAAAGUAUGUACGUCAAACAACUGAAGUGACCCGACCAGGUCGACAUCGAUGUGACAUCACACAGGAGUGAAACCCCAGCUUUGUCUGAGCCCGGGUGAAUUUAAACAAAGUAGUCAUCUGAUGGGACUCAACCAAGUCCUCAUCGGUGUAACAUCACACUGAGGUGUGUAAUACUUUGUUUAAAUUCACCUGCGCUUGGACCCAGCUGCGGCUUCUCUCCAGUGUGAUGUCACAACGAUGUGGACUUGGUCGGGUCCCAUCCGAUGUUGGACGUACAUACUUUGUUUCAAUUCGCCUGGGCCCAACUGCAAUUCAUGCAUA